UUUGAUGAUCAAUUUCCCUGCACAUAUUGAUUCCACGAAAAUUUAUAUUUUCACUUCUAUGCACUGUCACGUGUGUCUGUAGGGCAAAUGCAUUGUCACGGAGUCAGACCGAUCGAUAUAGGUAGGAAAAACCCGAGUCUCUCCAGCUGAAUCUGCCGCACCUAUAUUUUUCAAACCCUCCAAUGCCUUCACAAUCUCCCCUAACAGCAUCAUUGUACCAAUGUUGACACUCAUGGCCCCUGAAAAUGAGUAUUUAAUUUUUAUAAAAAUAAGGGGAAAGAAUCCUCUCAACUAUUGUCACCAUCAAUGAGAUGUAAAAUUAACGUAAAAAUUCUAAAACUGUAACACAAAAAAGAAAAUGUAAUAAAAUUUCAGAGAUAACAGAAUCUCUGGACAAUCCAAUGCAAUUUCUAUUUACGAUCACAUUUUUGGGGUAAAUGGCUGCUCUCGUUAUCCAGAGGCCCAAGUAUUUCCGCUUUCUUCCCUCUGCAGUCGUUUAAUAUUACCAUUUCCAUUAUACAACUGAGAAUCUCUUUCCGGGAGGGAGUCUUCGCUAUAAUAACAUUUUCAUCCUUUUAGCAUUGGUGAAUUGCAACUACUCAAAUGGCUGUGUUUGAGUGUUAAGUGUUUUCCGAAAUUGGACAAUUUGAUGUUUUAUGCUGGCGACCUAAUUAUAGCCGAGCAUGUCCUUGCUGUUUCACAGAGGCUGCGCUUUCGGUGGCCAGUUAUUGACCUCGAUGAUACGCAAUUAUUCACCGAGCUGAGGUGCACGUAUCUUUGGUUAUUUCUGAAUUAACUCAUUAUCUGCAGCAUUGGGGCUUCUAACUUAUGAUUACACCGUAUGUGUGAUAAAGUUAUCGCCCCGGAGGAGUAAUAUUCAAUGAAAGCUACGUUAAUUCCGUAAUUCCGGAGUGAAAUGUAGUCCGGGAGAAUUUUACGGAAUUAUUACGGAUUUUUUUUGGAGCGUUUCGUAAUUUUUACUGAAUGUUUAUCUCUCUGGCUGCGUAGAGGGCACUUUUUUGGUAAAUAGUCACGUCUACCCUGACAUUUUGGAAAAAUUAAUAUAUCAUUCUUGAUUGUAUUUCGUGUUGUCAUAAUAAAAGUUUCAGAUAAUUACAAAUCAUUGGGUGUCUUUAAAUUCCUGUAAAUUGUGUAGGCUGAUGAACUAUUGACGAAUGCAUCUUGAUAUACUCGAACUGAUCGAUUUAGCAGCUAUAAAUAAAUCUUCCCAUCUCUGUGUAAUGCAGUCAGUGGUAGCAACACUGUAAUUUUCGUCGAGUUCCAAUAUCAUUAGUACUGCACACAGAGAGAAAUAUUCAGUAAUAAUUACAAUUCACAUUUCGCGUCGUCUGUAAUGGAGAAUUGCAUUCCGCUCAUUUUCACAAUAAUGGAAGCGUAGAAAUAAAAAAAUACUCAGUUAUUUUCCCGGCGCAGGAUGCCUUUUAUUCAACGUCAGUUUCCGUAAGAGAUCAUUCCAAAAUUGGAAUUUUUUUAGAGAAAGAAUGACGGAUUGGCUGAUCCUUUGAAUAUUUACUGCGCUCUUCGAGUUAAAUCGGUUCUCAUAAUGAAGAAGAACACUCGAGUGGUGACUUGACACUGUUCAAUGCAUAUAUCAGUAUUGGAAGUCUCUUAUACCCUAACAAUUGAAUUAAUUCCGAUGAUCGACGUAAAUAUCGAGUGGAGUUGGGAAUUCGACUGCUCAUGCACAUUUGACAUUCUAUUAAAUUCUGAGACAUUACACUUCCAAGUCCAUAUUUAACUCAUGAAGACGAUAUCUUGUUUAUUAAAAACUCAAUGUACUCUAGGGUCGAGAAUAUUCAUGUUGAAUGGAAAAUUUAAGAAUAUUUUGGAAUCAGAGACAUCUAAAAUAUUCAGUAUAAAUAAUGAAUGAGUUAAUAUUCACAGUUAUAAAUGCCUAAAAUUAUAACCAGCAUCUUUACUAAUUUAAACUGAAAUUAUAUCUCUAAGGUCACCAGUUGAAAUCACUAUAUUAUUCGCAUAAAAAGGCGACGAAGACGUCAAUAUUUAACUUAAAAUUUAAUCCACAAUUUCCAGCCGAAGAAGUUGACUAUUUUACAGGUGAAGCCAACAGAUGAUGGUUAAUUGACAGAGUAGAUUCUCAAUAGGAAUGGCAACGUAUAGCUCAGUAUAUUUGGGCAUCUGGGGUGUGUUUAUACUCAUUUUGAUUCAAGAAUCGAGACCUGUCAGCUGGGAGGAGUGGUGGACGUACGAUGGUAUUUCAGGUCCCGCCUUUUGGGGCUUGAUAAAUCCAGAGUGGUCUCUGUGUAAUAAAGGCCGCAGACAGUCACCAGUGAAUCUCGAGCCGAAAAGACUUUUGUACGAUCGAAAUCUCCAGCCCCUUCAGCUCGAUAAACACCGAGUCUCCGGUGUCCUAUCGAAUACAGGCCACGGUGUUGUAUUUGCAGUAAACUACAACGACACUCGACAUCCGGUCAACAUCACCGGUGGACCCCUGAGUUAUCGAUAUCAAUUUCACGAAAUUCAUUUGCACUACGGAAUGAAAAAUGACAUUGGGAGUGAGCACACGGUGGACGGUUAUAACUUCCCCGCCGAGAUUCAAAUAUUUGGCUUCAAUUCCCAUCUGUACAAUAACUUCUCAGACGCCCUCAACCGACCCCAGGGAAUAGUAGCAGUGUCUCUUCUACUCCAAGUGGGAGAUCUGUCUAACCCAGCCCUGAGACUUUUCACUGACAAACUCAACCACAUUCAAUACGCAGGUAAGUCAACUGGAAUUCAGCAUUUUGCUGUGCUAGAACUACUGCCGGACACGAAGCAUUACAUGACAUACGAGGGCUCCACCACAAUGCCAGCGUGUCACGAGACAACAACGUGGAUUAUUCUCAACAAACCAAUAUACAUAACAAAGCAGCAGCUCAUGGCAUUGAGAACACUUGUACAAGGGGAUGCUGAACAUUCGAAAGGGCCUCUUGGUAAUAAUUUUAGACCUACGCAACCACUCCACCAUCGUCCGGUGCGAACAAACAUCAACUUCAAUGUCCAGGACCCGAAGAAGUGUCCAACCUCGUACCGUGAUAUCUACUAUAAAGCAAACAGUUGGGAAUAGCCUGGCUGAACCACGAAAUCUGCUUUCUCCAUUCGAACUCCGCAGUACUACGCUUUUCCACGAUGGGAUUUGGAACAUUGCUGUAUAAAAAAAAAACCUUGACAUAUCAACGCGCGCGACGACACGUGGUGGAAAAAUACCGCGAGAAGUGAAGUAAGAUGUUGAACAAAAAUACUAACUAAAGAAGAUAAAAGUAAAAGAAAAAAGUAAAAAAAAAUAAUAAUGUAACAGAAGAAAACAAAAUCGCGCCACCGUAAGGUCAAAACUGCUUCGUUGUAAAACUCAUUAGACGUGAAUUGCCAAGUAUGUUUUCAGUAAAGAAACAAACCAACAAAGAAAAUGAAAAAUAAACAAUUAUACUUAAUAACAAUGAGAAAAGCAAAACACAGAAACACAUACACCAUAAAUUAUAGUUACUCAUAGUUAAGGACUAAAAAUGAAAACUUAUGGUAAGAGUAUAUUAUACAAUUAUAAAGGAUAAACUCAUGAAAGCUAUGACUAUCGUGGCCUGGAUGGGUGAGAUUGCGACUUAUGUAUAAAAAUUUAAAACAAAGAGGAAGUGAAUUUUAAGAAAGAAACAAAAAAAAUAACCCACACACAUAACACGUACGCGCGUGUGCAUAUAUGAUUAUCAAUUGCAAAGUUUAUACUAUAUUCUUGUAAUAAAAAUGCGAAAAAUGUAAAAAAUA